CGCGGGCCCUGCGCGCCUGCGCAGUGCUCCUCCCACGCCGCCCCUCCCGCCAGCCCGUCGCGGGUCUGCAGCCUCAGGAGUGAUCGGGCGGCAGCCGGCAAGCCGGCGAGCAGACCGCCGGGUGGGCAGAUUGUGGGCUUGGCCUCCGCUCUUCGAGAAGGAAAGAGGAGGCCUCUCUCCCGGUGUGCAGGCUCCCGCCUCAGGCCCUGCAGCUUGCCCAGGCCGGCGAGGGAGUCGCUGAGGAGCCAGGGACGCUCCGUCCGGUGCCGCCGCCAUGGCUGCCAUCAUGGAUCGGAAGUGAGCCUCUGGGCAACGGCUGCCUGCGCCGGCUCUUCGAUUCAGGGUUCCCCAGCCACCCCUCCCGAGGGAAGCACGACGCGGCGGACUGCUGACCCUCUCGGCCUUCGCGACCCUAGACCCUCCGCUCGGGCCCGCUUCCUCCGAGACUGAGCGGCGGGGAGUGGCUCCCGGCCUCGGGCCCCAGCAGCGAGGAAGAUGGCGGACCCGGCCGAGUGCAACAUAAAAGUGAUGUGUCGCUUCAGGCCUCUCAACGAGUCCGAGGUGAUCCGCGGCGAUAAGUAUGUCGCCAAGUUUCAGGGAGAAGAUACGGUCAUGAUCGCGUCCAAGCCUUAUGCAUUUGAUCGGGUGUUCCAGUCAAGCACAUCUCAAGAGCAAGUGUAUAAUGACUGUGCAAAGAAGAUUGUUAAAGAUGUACUUGAGGGAUACAAUGGAACAAUAUUUGCUUACGGGCAGACAUCCUCUGGGAAGACACACACAAUGGAGGGUAAACUUCAUGAUCCAGAAGGCAUGGGAAUUAUUCCAAGAAUAGUGCAAGAUAUUUUUAAUUAUAUUUACUCCAUGGAUGAAAAUUUGGAAUUUCAUAUUAAGGUUUCAUAUUUUGAAAUUUAUUUGGAUAAGAUAAGGGACCUGUUAGAUGUUUCAAAGACCAACCUUUCAGUUCAUGAAGAUAAAAACCGAGUUCCCUAUGUAAAGGGGUGCACAGAGCGUUUUGUAUGUAGUCCAGAUGAAGUUAUGGAUACUAUAGAUGAAGGAAAAUCCAACAGACAUGUAGCAGUUACAAAUAUGAAUGAACAUAGCUCUAGGAGUCACAGUAUAUUUCUUAUUAAUGUAAAACAAGAGAACACACAAACUGAACAGAAGCUGAGUGGAAAACUUUAUCUCGUUGAUUUAGCUGGUAGUGAAAAGGUUAGUAAAACUGGAGCUGAAGGUGCUGUGCUAGAUGAAGCUAAGAACAUCAACAAGUCACUUUCUGCUCUUGGAAAUGUCAUUUCUGCUUUGGCUGAGGGUAGUACUUAUGUUCCAUACCGUGAUAGUAAAAUGACAAGAAUCCUUCAAGAUUCAUUAGGUGGAAACUGUAGAACCACUAUUGUAAUUUGCUGUUCUCCAUCAUCGUACAAUGAAUCUGAAACAAAAUCUACACUCCUUUUCGGUCAAAGGGCCAAAACAAUUAAGAACACAGUUUGUGUCAAUGUAGAGUUAACUGCAGAACAAUGGAAAAAGAAGUAUGAAAGAGAAAAAGAAAAAAAUAAGACCCUGCGGAACACCAUUCAGUGGCUUGAAAAUGAACUCAACCGAUGGCGUAAUGGAGAGACGGUGCCUAUUGAUGAACAAUUUGACAAAGAGAAAGCCAACUUGGAAGCUUUCGCAGUGGAUAAGGAUAUUACUAUUACCAAUGAUAAACCAGCAACCACCAUUGGAGUCACUGGAAACUUUACUGAUGCUGAAAGAAAAAAAUGUGAAGAAGAAAUUGCUAAACUGUACAAACAACUUGAUGACAAGGAUGAAGAAAUCAAUCAGCAGAGCCAGUUGGUAGAGAAACUGAAGACACAAAUGUUGGAUCAGGAAGAGCUUUUGGCAUCUACAAGAAGGGAUCAAGAUAAUAUGCAAGCUGAGCUGAAUCGCCUUCAAGCAGAAAAUGAUGCCUCUAAAGAAGAAGUAAAAGAAGUUUUACAAGCCCUAGAGGAACUUGCUGUCAAUUAUGAUCAGAAGUCUCAGGAAGUUGAAGACAAAACUAAAGAGUAUGAAUUGCUUAGUGAUGAACUCAAUCAAAAAUCGGCAACUUUAGCAAGUAUAGAUGCUGAGCUUCAGAAACUUAAGGAAAUGACCAACCACCAGAAAAAACGAGCAGCUGAGAUGAUGGCAUCUUUACUAAAAGAUCUUGCAGAAAUAGGAAUUGCUGUGGGAAAUAAUGAUGUAAAGCAGCCUGAGGGAACUGGUAUGAUCGAUGAAGAGUUCACUGUUGCAAGACUCUACAUUAGCAAAAUGAAGUCAGAAGUAAAAACAAUGGUAAAACGCUGCAAACAGCUAGAAGGCACACAAACAGAGAGCAACAAAAAAAUGGAAGAAAAUGACAAGGAGUUGGCAGCAUGUCAGCUUCGUAUUUCCCAACAUGAAGCCAAAAUCAAAUCAUUGACUGAAUAUCUUCAAAAUGUGGAGCAAAAGAAAAGACAGCUGGAGGAAUCUGUUGAUUCCCUCAGUGAAGAACUAGUCCAGCUUCGAGCACAAGAGAAAGUACAUGAAAUGGAAAAGGAGCACUUAAAUAAGGUUCAGACUGCAAAUGAAGUUAAGCAAGCUGUUGAACAACAGAUCCAAAGCCACAGAGAAACUCAUCAAAAACAAAUUAGUAGUUUGAGAGAUGAGGUUGAGGCAAAAGAAAAACUUAUUACUGAUCUUCAAGACCAAAACCAGAAAAUGAUGUUAGAGCAGGAACGUCUGAGAGUAGAACAUGAGAAGUUGAAAGCUACAGAUCAGGAAAAGAGUAGAAAACUGCAUGAACUUACGGUUAUGCAAGAUAGACGAGAACAAGCAAGACAAGACUUGAAGGGUUUGGAAGAAACAGUGGCAAAAGAACUUCAGACUUUACACAACCUGCGAAAGCUCUUUGUUCAGGACCUGGCCACCAGAGUUAAAAAGAGUGCCGAGAUCGAUUCUGAUGACACUGGAGGCAGUGCUGCUCAAAAGCAAAAAAUCUCCUUUCUUGAAAAUAAUCUUGAACAACUCACCAAAGUGCACAAACAGUUGGUACGUGAUAAUGCAGAUCUUCGCUGUGAACUUCCUAAGUUGGAAAAGCGACUUAGAGCUACAGCUGAGAGAGUGAAAGCUUUGGAAUCAGCGCUGAAAGAAGCCAAAGAAAAUGCAUCUCGUGAUCGCAAACGCUAUCAGCAGGAAGUAGAUCGUAUCAAGGAAGCAGUCAGGUCAAAGAAUAUGGCCAGGAGAGGACAUUCUGCACAGAUUGCUAAACCUAUUCGUCCUGGGCAGCAUCCAGCAGCUUCUCCAACUCAUCCAAGUGCAAUUCGUGGAGGAGGUGCAUUUGUUCAGAACAGCCAGCCAGUGGCAGUACGGGGUGGAGGCGGCAAACAAGUGUAAGCUUAACACCAUUACCUACAGAUGUUGAAAGUAUGAAGAAGACAUAAUAUCAAGCAGAAUCAUUCAGUGACUAUAACCUCUACUCCUGGAAAUUGUAGAAUUACAACUUUUUUUUUAAUGUAUAAAUUAUACCUGGCCUGUACAGCUGUUUCCUAGUCUUCUUGUAAACUCUGCUGCUUUCCAACACAACUAGAGUGCAAUUUUGGCAUCUUAGGAGAGAAAAAUGACAGUUUACAACUGUGGCCCUAUUUAUUACACAGUUUGUCUUUUGUGUCUUAAAUUUAGUCUUCACUGUGCCAAGCUAACUGUAUCAUAUAGGAUUGUGCUUUUUGUACUUGUUUGUGUGUAUGUGUUUAUUUUUUAAUCUAGGUUACCUAGCUGCUAUUGCUUCCUGUUUUUCUUAUUAAAAUGUCUUCCUUAUUUUAGAGAAAUGGAGCAUUUAGAUUAAAUGUCUUAAAUUUUACCACUUACAACACUACAUGUCCACAAAAUAGAUCAGUACUGUACUUUAAAUCCCUUUGAAAUGAUUUCAGAGUUAAAAUUAUUUGUGUCAUCUCUAAAGUUUGUUUCUGAGUACUACUGUUUGAGCACUGAAACCUUAAAACUGCCUAGGCAUUUGAGACUGAACCAGGCUACUUCAUUAUCUCAUGAAAUGCCUGUUGCUGAAUUAUCCUGAAGUGUUUUGCAAUAUCAAAAGCAAAUCUCACAGUUUAAGAAAGAGAGUUUGAAAAAGAAAUUGUAUUUCUCUUCUUCCCAGUUCUAUAAUCAACAUAGCUUGAUGGAAUGAAAAUACCCCGCUUCAUUCUGGUGAACCUGCUAAUUAAUACAGGAAUUGGACAGAUAUCAAUUUGUCAUCUUAAUAUUGUGAAAUGAGCUAAGAUAGGAUUAAACAUAAUUUUAUACUAGCACUGUAUUGAUGUAUAGCCUAUGGAAAUUGAGAAAAAGUGUGGAAGGACAGGACAAAUACAUGGAGAAUUUAUAAAUACAUAGAUAAAUUUUGGUCUGAAAUUCUUGAGGUGUUUUUAACUUGCUACGCUAAGUCAUACACUAUCAUUUAUUUCUUAUUUAGUCUAGAAAUAGUAUAUUAUUUGCAAGUCACUAAUACUCAAAUUUUGUUGGCUGUAGCCCAUAAUUUUGUAAUUAGCACUAAGUGUACCUCUUUUUGCCACUUAUUCUCAGAUAAUUAAGUGAACAGUUUAUUUUAGAAAGCUAUAAAAGUAAUAGGGAAAGAUUUCAUUAUUUGCAUAUCUGUGCAGGGGGCGGGGGACUGCAACUGUUGGCAGAAAUUUACAGAGAAUGGUGAUGUAAGGUUAUUCAGUCAGUAGGGAAAGUUGGAAAGUUCUGUGUGAGGAUCUGGCUGGCAGAAUUAACUUUUGAAAAAGUUUUAUACACAGAUAUUUGUAUUAAAUUUGGAGCCAUAGAAGACUCAGAUCAUAAUUGGCUUAUUUUUCUAUUUCCUUAACUAUUGUAGUUUCCACUUUUAUAAUAAUUUUGAUUUAAAAGAUAGAUUUAUUUAUUUAUUUUUUUAAACAGUCAAAAAUCCUUGCUGUUGUAGUCUGCAGCCUUUUAAAUAAUUGUGUUGAUUUUAGGGUUGAUAAAAAAAACACUCCAAAUACUGAGAUGAAACCUUGGUAUGAAACAAGAUUGAAUAGAGUUAACUUGAAAGGAAGCUACAGCUUAUUUAUGAUGAUAGUUUUCUAAAUGGAGAUAUCUUUGGCUGCAUUCACGUACGCACUUAUAUUUUGUUUUCAAAUGAAAGCUUGCUUCUUUGGCAAUAUUCUUAAACGAAGCAGAUUUUAUUUUUCUCUUUUGAAUAUGGUAGUUUCCUUUUUUUAAGAUACAUCACGGGUCUUGGUGCUGUGUAACAAUGAACUAAUUAGCAUCUGGUUCAGAACACAAUCAUAGGGCUUUUUUUU